UACGUUUUUCCUCGCUGACAAAGGCAAAUGAAGCCAUGUUUUUGCUUACAAACAAGUAGCGUUCAUACCGCCCCGUUCUGGAUCCUCGCUCGUCCGCAGCAGCACCAGCGAAGCGCCAAUCCUCUUCACCGCUGUCAUUGAAUCUUUCGGGAUACUACUGAAGAAGUAGAGUUUAGUUUUCUUUGAGAAAAUCUAUAAAUGGGAUAUUUUACCCCAAACUGUCUCACAGCUUACUGAAUACACGACGAAGACGUUGAGAAGCGUCUGGCGGAGAAGCUUUCGGGAUUAUUAUUUUUUUUUUUUCUCUCAGAAAAUGAGUACCGGGGGAAACUCCUGAACCAGCGCUGGACGCGAGGAGACAAGAUCAGCCGCUGCCGGCCCUCUCUCAGACUGCAGAGCCGACCAAUCAAAAUGAGUUUGGAUACUGAUGACAAGCGCACUCGCUCACGGUCCAAAGCAGGAAGAGUUCCCUCAGAGAUUGUUGGACAGGAGCUGAGCUGCCCUACUCCGGGAUGCAAUGGCUCAGGCCAUAUCAGUGGCAAAUAUGCCCGACACAGAAGUGCUUUGAGUUGCCCAUUGGCCAGAAAAAGACGCCUACAGGAAGCAGAGUCAGAGCAAACUGCUUCCAAGAGGAAGUCUCACCCGCUGAAGCUGGCGAUGGAUGAAGGAUUCAACGCAGAGAGUGAGGAAAGCGGAGAGGAGACGGAGUUGAGGGAAGAAGAGGAGGAGGAUGAAGAACAGGUGAAGCAGAAAGCUAGUGAUCAAGGAUGUGAUGAAGAGGAGCAAGCAAAACAGAAUACAGAGACCACCAAUACAGAGGAGGAGGAUGGUGAUGAAGAAGAAAGUCAUCCUGGUUUAGAACGACAUGAGGAGGAGUGCAUCAUCAUUGAGGCGUCCAGCACAGAGAAGCCCAAGCUCUCAUCCUCUGAGGAUCUCUCUAACUAUCAGCACAUAGUGGCCAACUCAAUGACGCACCUCAACAACCACAACAACAGUGCCAUGUCACCCCAACAACAACAACAGUCCGUCACAGUAGAAACACAAGAUAAAAGCCCUUUUAGGGAAUCAGAAGAAGAAGAGAAAGAAGGAAAUGAAACAGAGGAAACAAGGAACCAAAUAGGAGUUCUGAUGUCCAAAGAGAAUGGAGUGAUGAAAGGUGAGAUUAAAGACGAAGAAGAGGACAUGCACACUGAGAGCCAGAUGGAGUCAGACCACCAGUAUUUUACUGAGGAGAUGGAGACACAACAGGCUGAAGAAGAAGAAGAUGAUGAUGAUGAUGAUGACGAAGAUGAGGAUGAAGAUGAUGAUAAUGAGGUGUUGAGAUCUGAGAUUAAAAGAGAAGAGACGUACAAGGAAGCUAAGUCUGAAGAUGAAGGGGAGAGAGAAACCACCCCUUCGGUUGUCACUGCCACUCAGGGAUUUCACGUAAGGGAAGACUAUAUUUCUCACAAACUUACAUUGCCAGAAAGCUACAGCUCUAGUAAGGCUGCCACAGCAUCUCGUGUGGUUAUUGAAGUGCAGUCUGAGGAGUCAGAGAGGGAUGCUGACUUGGAAGGCAACGAUGACGAUGGGGAUGACGACAGCUUGUCUCAACGAUCAACGGUUGCGGACGAGUCUGAGAUGUUCGACAUAAUGCGGGGGAAUUUGGGGUUGCUGGAGCAGGCCAUUGCUUUGAAAGCCCAACAGGUCAAAGCUCAUCGUGAGCUCAGCCGCAUUCCCGAACACCACCGCUUCUUUCCUCUCGACGACCGGUCCGGCAAACACAUGGAACAUAUCCGCAAGAGCUGCUUCGGAAAAGAGAGUUCUAGAUCAGAGAAGCGAGAGAUCAAAUGCCCAACCCCCGGGUGUGAUGGAACGGGUCACGUGACAGGACUUUAUCCCCACCACCGCAGUCUGUCAGGCUGCCCACACAAAGAUCGGAUCCCUCCAGAGAUUUUGGCCAUGCACGAGAAUGUCUUGAAGUGCCCAACACCAGGCUGCACUGGUCAGGGUCAUGUCAACAGCAACCGAAACACACAUCGCAGUUUGUCUGGAUGUCCCAUCGCUGCUGCCGAAAAGCUCUCAAAGACUCACGACAAGCCACACCUGCCCCAGCCCAUGGGCGAGCACAUCACGGGCAGCCCAAACUCUGACCGUGUUCUCAGGCCCAUGUGUUUUGUGAAACAGUUGGAGAUUCCUCCGCAUGGCAGCUACAGGCCCAGCCUCGUCCCCGCCACGCCACGCGCUAAUCUAGCCAAGGAGCUGGAGAAGUACUCCAAGGUGUCCUUUGAUUAUGCAAGCUUCGACGUGCAGGUGUUCGGCAAGCGCAUGCUCGCCCCAAAGAUGCACACCAGCGAAACUUCACCCAAAGCCUUCAGAUCCAAACCUCCAUUCCCCAGGGCCUCCCCACCAAGUCCCAGCUUGCACAGUAGUUAUGGAAAAAGCUCCUCCAGCGGAUAUGAUUAUUCCCAUGAUGCCGAAGCUGCCCACAUGGCGGCCACUGCAAUCCUCAACCUGUCCACACGCUGCUGGGAGAGACCAGAGAACCUCAGCAUCAGACACCAAGAUAAGAGUAUGGAAAUUGAGGUGGAUGAGAAUGGCACCUUGGACUUAAGCAUGAAGAAGCCCAUAAAGAGAGAAAUGGGCAUGUCUUGUGCCAGCCCUGAAGUGCGUUCCCCUGAUCUGUCUUCAUCAUCUUCAUCAUCAUCCACAUCUUUUCACCAUGGCAACAGCAGCAUCUCACCCCACUCUUUACACACCCACAAACAAGAGGAGUGGGAAGGGCCUCUGGACUACACCAAACCCAAUCGGCAGAGAGAAGAGGAGCUAGAAGAGAUGGACCACAGCAAUCAGUCAUUUGCCUCUUCUGACCCUGAGGAUUGUGACAUGAUGCAGGACAGCCUUGAGGACAGGAAGUACCCCGGAGAGGUCACAACCCCCAGCUUUAAGGUCAGGUUCCAGCCCAAGGACAACAAGAAAGAGGUCCUACUGUGUCCCACUCCAGGCUGUGACGGCAGUGGACACAUCACCGGAAACUAUGCAUCACAUCGCAGCCUGUCUGGGUGUCCUCUCGCUGAUAAGAGUCUUCGGUCCCUCAUGGCAGCACACUCAGCUGAACUUAAAUGUCCAACUCCAGGUUGUGAUGGUUCAGGCCAUAUCACUGGUAACUACGCAUCUCACAGAAGUUUGUCUGGGUGUCCACGGGCCAAGAAAGGUGGAAUAAAAACAACUCCCAUCAAGGACGACAAGGAGGACUCCGAGCUCUUAAAAUGCCCAGUGCCGGGUUGUGACAGCCUGGGUCACAUCAGCGGGAAGUAUGCCACUCACCGCAGUGCGUAUGGAUGCCCAUUGGCGGCCAGGCGGCAGAAGGAGGGUUUGCUGAACGGGUCUCCAUUCUCAUGGAAGGCCUUUAAGACAGAAGGCCCAACCUGUCCCACACCAGGAUGUGACGGAUCUGGACACGCCAACGGCAGCUUCCUCACACACCGCAGUCUCUCAGGCUGCCCCAGAGCCUCCCUCAACAAGAAGAAAGCCAAGUUCCCUGGAGAAGAGUAUCUCAGCACUAAGUUCAGAGCCAGUGACGUGUUAGACAAUGAUGAAGACAUCAAGCAACUCAAUAAAGAAAUCAACGAGCUCAAUGAAUCCAACAAUGAGAUGGAGGCAGAUAUGGUCAACCUUCAAACACAGAUUACAUCCAUGGAAAAGAACCUGAAAAACAUUGAGCAGGAGAAUAAGGUGAUUGAAGAACAGAAUGAGGCAUUGUUUAUGGAGCUGUCUGGACUCAGUCAAGCUCUUAUACGGAGUUUGGCCAACAUCCGUCUGCCUCACAUGCAGGAGCCAAUCACAGAGCAGAAUUUUGAGAGCUACGUGAGCACCCUGACCGACAUGUACACUAAUAAGGACUGCUACCAGAACCCAGAGAACAAGGCCCUUCUGGAGACCAUCAACAAGGCAGUGAAAGGCAUUAAGGUCUGACUAAGCCAAAAGACGAGGAUGAGAAGCAGAAGCGUGGAAGAGAAAUAGAAACGUGGAGCCAAUGAGAAGAGCAUACAAAUGACACACAAAAAGGGCAUUCAGGUUUUUUGAACAACAAUCUAAACCUUCAUCCCAGGGAGCAUUCUGUGAGUUCAAAAAGAGGUAUAUAAUAUAUAUUACUAUGAGGACCAAAAUCCACAAAAGCUGCUGGAUUGGAAGGUGAAGAUGGAACCAAAUCCUUUAUUUAUGGAGGAAAGGAAAGACACAAACAUAGUUUUCUUUACAGUUUUUGUUGUUUUACAUUCAGACAGUGGGAAGUUCUGGAUGUAGAGGAAGCUGGGAAUAGAACUUCCGGAAGAUGUGCAGCCCAGGCUUUAGGUGAAAGAGUCUUUAUACUCAUUUGUGAGGAUGCUGCUCCUCUGAAAACAACAAAAGUGAUGCUCCAAAUACAAGUGAUCCCUACGUGAUCCCCAGUAGAACAGACAUAAGCAGUGUUUGCUUAUCUUUCCAUCUUUUCCAGAAGAAAACCGAACCAUUUUUUGGUUGUGGGGCAAUGAGAGAAUGUACAACGUACUAGCAUACAAAGUGAGCGAAGUGCAUGUGCAACCUUAUCAGUGCCAUGCGGUUGACUCUGUAAAUUUUACCGUUGCAUCUUCUUUAUCUCGGCAGCCUUUUUUUUGUUGUUGUUUGUUUAUUGGUUUGUUUUGUUUUAGAUCUACAGGCAGGAGCAUUAGCUUGCUCUCAUUUAUUUGUAGUACUUACACUGUAGGAAUAUUUACCCAGCAUAGUCAUAUCUCUUACAUAUGAACAAUGAGUUGCACUUCAUUUCAGUCCAUCCAACGUCAGACAAGAUGUUGGAUUGUCACUGAACUAUAUAAAUUAUUCGAAACUUGUCCAGACACUACUGUAAUUUAUUAAUAUUUUGUUAUAAUUUAAUUUUAACUGUAUUAUUUAUUUGAAUUCACCUAUUUAAAUAUUCACAGCCCUUCUGUUUAUAAAAGGUCAUGAAAAUGUGACAAGAAACUUGCCACAUCAAUAUUUGGAAAGAGAAAAAUAAAUGUACAACUAAUUUUUAUAACUUCAUUUCAUUUGACAGUAGAGUUUUUAAACAUUUCUUAAGUGCAAAUAUUUUUAACCAACAAUGUUUUGAUAAUUUUGUAAAUUUUCUUUCUUUUUCUCUCUACCUGUAUAUCUAUCUCUAUUUGCAUUUUUUUUUUCCGAAUUUCCAACACAGCUGAAGGAGAAGUAUCAUCUCUAUUUAUUAUUUAUUUAAUAUUUAUGAUGAAAUUAUGAACUGUGAUACGGUUGUAAUGUAUAUUUAUUUUGUAACGUCUCUGUGUGUUUGUGAAGUCAUAGUAGUCUUGAAGAAACUUUGGCGAUAUAAAAAAAAUAAAGACAAAAAACAUGUUUUGGACUACAGAAUAAAACAUGAUGAUUAUCGAGGGUUUUCCUUAUACCAGCAUUACUUCCAAUAGGAAUGUAAAGAGGAAAAAAAGCAAUUCCAGUACUGUGGAACCUACAGCUUUGACUCUUACCCCGUCCAUCUCGACAGGAAGAAGACGUUCCUCUGGAUCCUCUUGUGUUUGUUUUUUCUUUUCUUUUUUUCUUCUUUAUACCUCCUCAAGCUCUCAGUAGUGGCCAAAAACUGUUUCCCCUGAACAACCCUAAUGAAUUGCAAAAGGAUUAUUUUUGCUUUCUUGCUAAACUUGUCUUUGUCGGACCAUGGGAAGCGGGCGAUCGUUUUUGCGGUGGGGCACGGAAGACGAAUACCAACCAUCCUGACAGAAACUCUUGAACCACAAUGUCCUUACUCGACUAGUAUCAGACAAGCAUACACCCGUGUAGCCUUAUACUAGAUUUUUAUUUCUUCGAUGCACAAAGUGCCACUGACCUGUGCUUUCGUUACCGACUCCGCCCAUUCAGCAACCACACUACCCUCGGGUCAUGUGACAGUGGCAUAAGUGGGGAUUGUUCCAGAUGCCUUUAUUCCUUUGCCGUGAUGGCCAUACCUACACAAUAUAUUCAUUCUGUAUUUAAAAGAAAAAAAAGAAGACAAAAAAAACCUAUAUAUAGUAUAUAAACAUACAUAUAUUUUUACAGUGUAAUUGUUAACUCUUUUUCUCUUAUAAUAGCUAAACAAAAACAAUAUCUUUCCAAAAGCUGUGAGUACUACUAUUGAUAGAAGACUAAAUAAUGUAAAAAAGACAGACCCAGUUUACUGUGGUUGCAGGAUACGAUGUGUUUUAUGAUAUGUAAACGUACAUUUCUAAAGCGAAGAAUACGAGGAUGUUUGUAAAGUUUCCUAUUUUCUGGUCCAAACUCGCUGGGCCUCUGUAUGUAAGUCAGCUGCAUUAAUGGGACAAUGGUUAACAGAUUAGUCUUAGGCUGUAAUCGUUUAGACGCAUUGUACUGUGCUGAAAGUUCUCCUCGGUGGAUCUGUCUUUAAUAUUGUAUGGUGUUGUGCAGUUCUGGUGGGACACGCCACACUUAGAUACGUGUGUAAAAUGCCAAUCAUCGCAAUGACAUCUGUAUGACACAUAAUAGCGAGUUGUGAAAUUAACAUUGUGCCUCUAUUCAGCCGGUUGUUUCGUUUAAUAGUACACAGCGGUCAUGUUGUUCAUUUGCUAUUAAGGCAGCAAUAUUGUGAUGGACAGAACAUGUGUGCACUUUUCAAAAAUCUUGAAUGCCAACUAAUGACCUUUCAACCAAAAGGUUUUCCUUUAUGUGCACGUGUGGGUGUGUGUUAGUGGAUUAUUUUUUAUUUGAAAAAAGGUACAAAUGGCUAACAGACAACUGUUCAUUGCACCAACAGGAUUGGGAUCAAAUAUCGCAUAUGUCUUUGACUUGUUUGUUGUUGUUUAAUGUGAGCCUGUAUCCUGUCUGAGAUGUCAAAUGCCCUUUGAGCGCCUUGUCGCCAAUACAAAAAAAAGUCAAAAAUCGGAUGUGUGAUAUCAGAACUCUUAGCUUUCGGCAACAAGCCAUUCAUUAACACGAAAAAAAAAAAAAGAUGUGGUUUGAGCUCUGAGAUUGUCAUUGGCGUGCCCUCGCGCAUGGAGAAAACGAAGGAGACGCUAGUUGCAUAAAUCUUUGUCCAUUUCCACAGAAUGUCAGAUCGGCCUCAUUCGCCUCGUUCUGUGUAACCUUUCCGCAGGAAAGAUGUGUGCGUUGCAUUUCAAUACCACAGCAUUUCCUUUGCUUUAAGAGCAAUCUGAAGAUGUUGUCUAGCCGUAACGGCAGAGUUUUCAUUAGAGUUCUUCCUUCUAUUAAAUUGCGUAGAGGGAAUACUCACUACAGAUGUCAUAUCGUCUUAUUACGAUGGGAGAAACAUUUCUAUCUGCUUAUUACUACUGACGUGAGAUAGCCUAAAGCAUGUGUGAAUUAUUCUUCCUCGAUGCAUGCUUCUUAAACGCCUGCUGUCGGUGAUGAUGAGCAGCUACGAGUGUUGCGCGGCGAGGUCGAGUGUGUUGAAUCUGCCUAAUAAUGUAGCAUGUUCUCUGGAGCAGUGUAGCAUCUGCAAAUGCAAGUUAGCAUAUGUAACCCCUCCCCGAGGAACCAAAUAAGGCUUGAUUUAGCACCUUGUACUUGAGAGUCCGGCCUUUCUGAGACUUGUGCCAACUGUAGGUCAAUUAAAACGGUUCCUCUGUCAUUUCAUGAGAAACGAAAACAGCUAAAAAGUCGGAAGGCACUGUUUGUCCCAUUAAGCUGAUAGAACCAAAACGGCCCUCCUUCUGUAGGUACUGUAGCUUAUAGCUCUGUGGUUUUCUCAUGUGUGCCUUUUCUCGCUUCUGUUCGCUGCAGGAAAGGGUGUGUUUACAUUUAAGGACUGGGUUUAAAUCCCACUCAGGAUGCCAACUUUUUCUCCUUUUUUUCUUUCCUUCCUUGUUUUGAGGGGGGAGAGGUAAUAGGAAUUCAGCAAAGUGGUGAACACCAAGAACGGAUCGCACUGAAAUCGAUAUUCAGCUUGUUGUUCGACAUGAAAUAAAUCACAAUACGUAACACUAUUCUUCCCAAAACUGUGAUUCUGAUUCAGGUAUGAAAUUGUGUGGUGGGUCAUUUCAUCGAGUCUGAAAUAAUCAUGGAACGUAUCACAGAUGAAGCAUUUAUGCACAGGGCAUUAUUCUGACAACAAUGGGAUUCUGUACAUUUGUAAUAAAGGACAGUGUUGUUGUAUUAAAGAAUAUUUCCAAGUAAAUGCCGGAAAAAAAAAACAACUUGUAUUUUAACCCACGGCCAAGGCUUGUCCUCUUGCGUCCUUUUUACAAAGAUCAGCUAUUUUUACUGGUGAUUUUGUAGCCACAAAAUGAUUCUCCUUUAGAAAAUGAAAAAAAUAACUAAAAAAUAGUACUUCCAAGAAUAAUAAUAAGCACUUUCACAGUGAUAGACUACAUGUUUUAGUCACUUUUGUAGCAGUGGUAGUUUCCUUACCGAGGUUUUGUUUCUGUAGAGCAGGACAAGCUAUGGCUGUGUGUCAUUCGAGUUAAAUUUGGAAAUGAAGUGUGUAGUUGGUUUUGGAUUGUGACUGUGUUUGUGUAUCCUUGUACCUGUGCUCAUUGAUAUCAGUGUUAAAAGAGAACAAUAAUGUCUGUUUUGUGGAGGUAUUGUUCAUUUCAGUGUUAUAUAUGGAAAACAUAAAUAAAGAGUCAAUAAUGUGA